CCGGCUUCUGGGGACGGCCCGCCCACCCUCCCGCCCGCCAUGGGAUGCCGGGACGUCCACGCGGCCACGGUGCUCUCCUUCCUCUGCGGCGUGGCCUCGGUGGCCGGGCUGUUUGCCGCCAUGCUGCUGCCCAAUUGGAGGCGGCUGAGGCUGAUCACCUUCAACAGGAACGAGCGCAACCUGACCGUGUACACGGGGCUCUGGGUGAAAUGCGCACGCCAGGAUGGUGCCCGCGACUGCCUCAUGUAUGAUCCGUCCUGGUACGCGUCCGUGGACCAGCUGGACCUGCGCGUGCUGCAGCUGGCCCUCCCCACCAGCGGGCUGGUGGCCGUGGGAGCGCUCCUGCUGGGGCUGGUAGGGAUGGGUGACACGGCCUUCCGCCCCACUCCGCCCAGCAUCCAGCGGGCCCGCUGCCUCGUCAACAGCGCGGGCUGCCAUUUGGUGGCCGGGCUGCUCUUCCUCCUGGCAGGCGCCCUGAGCCUCGCCCCAUCCAUCUGGGUGGUCUUCCACACGGCCCGGCUGAACCGGCAGUACGAGCCCGUGUUCUCCUUCGACUACGCCGUGUACGUGGCGGUGGCCAGCGCCGGCGGCUUGUUCCUCACUGCCCUCCUGCUGCUCGUGUGGUAUUGUGCCUGCAGGGCGCCACCCCCGCCCUCAUGGCAGCCACUCUACCCGCACCCGCCCCAGCCCGGCGCCCACACCUACUCCCAGCCUUACUCGUCCCGGUCCCGCCUGUCGGCCAUCGAGAUCGACAUUCCCGUGGUCUCGCGCGCGACCUAAGCGCUUCUUAGAGCGAGGGUUCCCGGGCUCCGGACUCUCUCGGGCAUCCCAUUCGUCCCCCUCCCGUCUGGCUCCGACCCUACCCCUGCCGGUUCCCUUUCCCUGGCCCCAGAGAGGCAGCCUCCACUUCCAUGCGGAUCCGAUUGGCCGAGUCUGGAGGGGACGGGUCGGGCUGACUGGGAGCAGUCGCUGAGGCUGGUUGGGGAGGUGGUCCUUGACUGACCCCAGACCACCCACUCCCUGACCCCCCUCACGCCCUGCCCCAUGGGACACCUCAAGCCCUUCCCUCCAGACCCCUGGCCCCUGAAACCUGACCCUCUUUGGAGCCGGUGGUUUCCUCCUCACCAUCAUCUCCCCUUGCCGCUGGCAGAGCCCAAGGAGCAGUCCAGGCUUGCCCACCUACUUGGGUCCAGGUCUGCCAGGGAGGAGUGGCUGGCUCCGAGUCUCCCCGGGAGGAGGAGCUGGCUCCGGAUCUGCUAGACCCUAUUUCUCUUAACUCCACUAGCUGUCCUGGACAGAAUCAAUCAGUCCAACAAAGCCACUGGCCUUCUCCCCCACCGUGGACACGGACUCUCUGCUGCCCAGGGGCUGCGGCUAUUGCCAGAUGCCGUUCUUCAGUUCUCCCUCAGGGGCCCGGGUUGACGUCGAUGACCAUGCUGGGUUGCUUUAAAUGGCGGGAGUGAUGGGGGAUGGGAGGAUGGGCAGCAGUGGGGAGGGGGGGCGGAUGGUUUGGAAUGCAAGUCCCUGUGGGUAUGUCAAGGGCCUAACAGCUAUCAUGACUCUCUGCCCCCAUUGUCCCUCCCAAAACAAGUCCCUUCUCUCUUCCCCGUGUUGUUCUUUUGGAUGGUUGUCCUUGGGAAUGGAGGAUGGGUAGUGGGGUAAUUGAAAUCCCAAUUUCAUCCCAUGACCAUCUACUGCUAAUAUUUCCUUCUUCACCCCCAAGCCUGCUGCUGUCCACAUCUGUGGGUCGCUUUGCAGUGGAGAAGGGACUGGAAAGCAUAGAAAGCUGGGGAGGGAAGACUGAUCCCAGACCAGGCACCCAUGACCCCUAGACAAUCCCUCCUCUGGCGCCCUGCCCCUCGGUGCCAUGAGACAAUUAAAGCGUCUUGCUCAAAUCGCCUGCGCCUGUCCAUUCCACUUGGCCUCGGGCCUGCGUGUGGCCAGAGGCCCCCAGUGAUGGCCUCGCCCAUUGAUCCAAGUCGGUCCCGUUCCAACCCCCCGGGGCGGCUCUCGCUCGUGCGCCUGUGCGGCCAUCUUCCUUCUGCCCCCUUGGCCCUGAGCCUGGACCAGCUCGUCCUCUUGGUGGGCCAAGGAAAAAACUGCCAGAAACACAUGCUGAGGAUGCUGGGGUCCCGGCCUGGUUUUCGUGGAUGUGUGUGGAGCCUGGAUGUGAGCAGCUGCCUGAGUUGACCCUGGGUGUGCGUGUCUGUGUGCUUGUGUGCAUGUGUGUGUACAUGUAGGUGUAUCAUGGUGCAUUUGUGUGUGUGUGUGUGUGUGAGACAGUCCAGCACUCAGUAUGGUGUUUGGCACACAGUAAGCAUUUAACAAAUACCAUUUUUUAAAAAGUGAGACAGAACAAGUAUGCCUGAGUGUGAAUGUGAAGGAGGGAUUUUUGCAAACUCGGAUCUCUGAUCCACUUUAGCCUCCACUUUGUUCACUGUUUGCUGAUGGAUCUUUCCCUGUGAGAGUUUUUUUUGGUUCAAUAAAAGUGUUUUCUCCUGAGA